CAACACUACAGAAUAAAAUAAUCAACAUUUUUCCAAAAUUUCGUUUUCAAAAUGGACCACUGACGACUUUCUCCAAUUCACUUUCCUAGCUUCACUGCUGUAGCCGGAACGUGCAGGCAACCACUACGUGGCCAUUUCACUGAGAGUUUUGAAAAUACCUUUUUGGAGUCCCUUUUUUUGAAGAAUAUCCUAAUUUUCUUAUUUUCCUUAUUUGGAUUCGAAAGAUUUCUGACGAAUUCUAUAUUUCUAGAGGAAAAUUUUUUUUUCUUCUGCUGACCCAUUGUCUUGGUACAUCUUAGUAAGCAAUAAACUACCAGGAUUCUUUUUUAGGUUUUCUUAUUUGAAUCUUUUCAUUCCACCAUUUCCACCAUUUCGCAGAAACGUAAAAUUGAGAACAUGACUGAUCCUGCCAACCGCGAGGAGUUAUUCCCUGAAAUUGGUAAAGCUGCACAGAAUGUUUCUGGCGCCGAUGAAGAAGGCUCUGGAGUUCAAGAAGUCGAAUCUUUGUGUAUGCAAUGCCAUAAUAAUGGUACUACAAAACUGUUCUUGACAGUCAUCCCUUACUUUCGAGAAAUUAUUUUAACGUCUUUUGAAUGCCCUCACUGCGGAUUUAAGAAUGCUCAGAUCCAACAUGCUGAAACCGUUCAACCAGAGGGCUCUAGUUUUACCCUCCUUGUCAAUGAGAAAGAUGAUUUGAACCGUACCAUUGUCAAGAGCAACGAGGCCGUCGUUCGUAUUCCCGAGCUCCAUUUGGAGAUUCCUGGACGUCUUGGUCAAUUGACCACAAUUGAAGGUGUUUUAAGCAACAUUCACGAUGAUUUAUCUAACGAUCAAGAUGCUCGUAAAGAAGCCGCUCCUGAAUUGUAUCAGCAGAUUUCACAAUUUUUGGAGCGCGUUCUCCAAUACCGUAAUGGAGAGGCUCCUUUCACUUUCAUCCUCGAUGAUGUUACCGGCAAUAGCUGGGUUGAAAUGAGACCUGGCAAAGACGGAAAUCGCUGGACUCAGGUCAAAUACAAGCGUACUCUCGAACAAAACCACAAGUUGGGUCUUGUCAACACGGAUGAAGAUCAAAACCAUGAAACUUCCAGAAAGACUGAUGCCCCCGCCACUUUGGCUCAUGAUGCUACUGCCGUCGAGGUUGAUCCCAACGAAGUUCACACUUUCCAUUCUACUUGUCCAUCUUGCUCGCAUCCUUGUGAUACUCACAUGAAGCUUUUGGAUAUUCCUCACUUCAAGGAGGUGAUUAUUAUGUCUACCGUCUGUGAUCAUUGUGGUUAUCGUUCCAACGAAGUCAAGACCGGUGGUUCAAUUCCUGAUAAGGGUCGCAAGAUCACUUUGAAGGUCAUGGAUGCCGAGGACCUUUCUCGUGACAUCCUUAAGUCUGAAACUGCUUCCUUGCAAAUUGCUGAACUUGGUUUGGACUUGUACCCUGGUACCUUGGGUGGCCGAUUCACCACCAUUGAGGGAAUCCUCGCUCAAAUUUAUGAUGAGCUCUAUGGCCGUGUAUUUUCUCAAGAGAGCGAUUCUAUGACUCCUGAACAAGUUGCAAACUGGCAGCAAUUCCUUUGCAAUCUGACUAAUGCUAGAGAGGGCGGUACUCAAUUCACCGUCGUUUUGGAUGAUCCUUUGGCUCAAAGCUAUCUUCAAAACUUUUAUGCCCCUGACCCUGAUCCAAACAUGGUAAUUGAAGAGUAUGAGCGAAGCUUCCAAACGAAUGAAGAUCUUGGUCUUAAUGAUAUGAAAACUGAAAAUUACCAACAGCCUUCUACCGAUACAAAAAAGGAGUAAACGGUUAGCUAGGCAAGUUUCUUAGGCUUUUUGAGUUGUUAUUAUUAUGGGUUUCGGAAUUCCAUGCAUUUUUUGAUACAUAUACAGGGUUAAUAAAAUAGUGCUUUUUACUUUGCC